AUGUCGCGCAAAUAAUCACUAUAUUAGGAAGCUCGGAGUUCUAUUUUUCUCAUAUCUAGCUGAGAUUCGAGGUUUCGCCAAAACAUGUUAAUAUUUUGAUGAGACGUUACAAGUGAUAACCUCAAGAAGGCAAAGUCAGGGUCGCACAGCGAAGCUAUCAGUUGCCGUCGAGCGCUCCACUACAACACUAUUCGUGAGAGGUUCGCUACAAUACAUGUUAUUAUAAAACAAACAAGAUGGACGCUUUCUCGAUAAAGACUAUCGGCGUAUGGAUGCUAGUUUGCUUCUCUGAAAUAUAUGCACAGCGAUGUCAAGGGGGUGCCGAGUGCAUAAUACUGCAAGAAUGCGAGGGUUUAUACAGUCGACUGCAACAGGGCAAUACUCCCCAACUGACACAACUCCUGCGCAGCUUGCAUUGCGGCUUCGAAUCUAAUACGCCUAAGAUAUGCUGCCCGCCAGAUUUCAGCGCGAGCAGUAGCAAUGGCGACGGGUCCAGCAACGUGGAGUCCAGGGUUCGCCAGCCAGGGUCCCUGCUGCCCGGGUACGACGUCUGCGGCAUCCAGAAUGAUGACAGGAUCGUGGGCGGCACCAGGGCUGAUAUAGAUGAGCAUCCGUGGAUGGCGCUGCUGAGAUAUGACAAACCGAAAGGAUGGGGUUUCUACUGCGGUGGUGUGCUGAUCUCAUCUCGUUACGUGAUGACGGCAGCUCAUUGCGUCAAAGGGGAAGACCUCCCGCAAAACUGGAGACUAUCCCAAGUGCGCCUCGGAGAAUGGAACACGUCGAGUUCGGUAGACUGCGUGGGCGACGACUGCAGUGGGCCAGUGCAGGAUAUCCCUAUAGAGAGGAUCAUCGCUCACGAUGGAUACGUCCCUUCUGAUACCAACCAACACAAUGAUAUCGCACUGUUGAGACUCGCAAGAAAUGUGCAGUUUAAUGAUUUCGUGAAACCCAUAUGUUUACCUACAGAUAGCGGUCUCAAAAGAAAUACUUUUGUUGGUAUUGACAUGGAGGUAGCCGGUUGGGGUAAAACAGAGACACAAACUGAGGAACAUAAAAGCGACCGCGAGGCUCAAGAAACAGGAUCUGAAUCUGACGUGAAACUCAAAGUGCGUGUGCCAGUGGUGAGCAACAACGAAUGUUCAAACGUAUACAGUAGAGUGAAUCGUCGAAUAAGCGCCAAUCAGCUGUGCGCUGGUGGGGUCUCUGGCGAAGAUUCCUGUAGAGGGGACUCCGGUGGCGCCCUCAUGGGCAAGGUGCCCUCCGUUAACAACUGGAUCGCAGUAGGCGUGGUAUCGUAUGGUCCUUCGCCAUGCGGAACGCCAGGAUGGCCUGGAGUCUACACCAGAGUCGGCGCUUACGUAGACUGGAUAUUACAAAAAAUUAAAUCUUGAUUCGACUACGAUUUUUAAUAUGUAAAAUUAGUCUCGUUAUGUGGCGUACUCAAAUGUUCUAUGCAUUUUAAUAUUGUCUAAUUGAAGCUACAAACGCUAAUUUAAUACCGUACCUAGUCACAAAAAUGUGUGCCAUGAUCUUUAGAUACAUUGUGAAUUUGAACAGAAUUGGGCUUUGAUUUUAAUGUGUUGAAAUGAUAAGAGAAGUUUUUUAAAAACAUUAUUACAUUUUUUAUAAUUGA